GUACAUUGAAUCAAAACUUUUAAAAAUCAUCUGUAACGCGCAGGUUUAACCAGCAGCAUGAUCACAAAUUGCGAAGUAACUUAACGUCUAACGAUUGAUAUGUCGUUAUCAUAUUCAUUAUAGAUAUGGAAGUAGUUAGAAGUGUAUGGAAAAAUCCUGUUUUGUUGUAUAAAACUGUCUUAUGGGCAUCAUUUAGAAAUAGUAGCAGUUCAGCAUCAAAAGUAACGAAAAAGGAAAAUGUUUCUAUGCAAGACAGCGAUUUACAAUUAUCAAGUAUAGACACAGAUAUAACUACGCAAAAUGAUGUAACAUUUAAUGCUCUUGUUUCAACGGAAGAGUUAUUAGCACAAAUAGGGUUGGCAAGGGAAUUUGCAACAGAUAGUAAAGUUGAACAUCCUUAUGUUGAUAAAUUAAAGAGGGUGCAGAUGAUUCUGUUUGAUUUGAGUCAUGCUAUAUCAAAACCAAUACCUGGAAAAGCUAAAGCAUUUGAAAGUAAACAUAUUAAUGAUUUGGACGAAUGGAUAGCAGAAUAUGCCAAUCAACUACCUCCCCAGGAAACAUAUAUUAUUCCGGGUGGUGGUAAAGCUUGUUCUAUGCUACACUCAGCAAAAGCGAUAUGCAAACGUGUAGAACGAAAUGUUGCAUCUUUGGUUCAACAUGGUUUAUUAAAUAAGGAGGCACAAAUAUAUUUAAACAAAUUACAAAACUUUCUAUUAACAACCUCAAGAAUUGCAGCAAAGUGUGAUCAACGUACAGAAAAUAUAUAUAUUCCUAGAGUAGAGGUUGAAAAAAAUGAGGAUAACUGAAUUAUAGACUUUAUAAAACAAAAAUCUGUAGACUAUUUCCUACUGCUUUUAUUGUAAAAGUAAUAUAAAUAACCGAAUACUUUACACAAAUAUUUUGCAAUAAUAUUAUUUUUAAAUAUGUUUUUAAAGUAGACACAUUGUAAAUAUUCUAUAAUGAGAAAUUAUAAAUGUCAGUUACUGAUUA